UACUGCAGAAUUCAAACUUGUUAUGUUGACAUUUAACUUAUUCUGACUAUUUAACUUCAUUCCAUAACAAUCAAUUAGAUUCCAUAUUUUUUACGCAGAUUUGUAAACUUAAGAUAGUUGCAUAGUUUUCAGUUUUAUAAACUUUAGUAAUAAUACGGAUUUAAUUUCGGACGAUAAAUAAACAUUAAGUGGGCUGAUGGGGAAGAAGAAGCAACAGAAGGACGCUAAGACUAGCAAAGCAGAUGAAAAAGGUAACAAGAAAGUGUACAGCUUGCCUUCUUCAAAGCAAGAUGGAGUCUCUUCAGCUGCAGAGUCUCUUCAAAAGGUUGUGCUGCCUGCAUCUCUGGAGAGAGACUUACUGGACCUCAUACAGUCCGCUGGUCAAAGCCGACUACUCGACAAGGACGUCUCCAAGAGACUCACACAAAAGAAACUCGUGGAUAUUUACACCAGCCUUGGGAACGCAGGGUUUGCUCACAAGCAGAUUGAGCAGGCUAUGGACAGCACCAUCCUGCAUGGAGGGGAUUUAAUCGACGCCCUGGACUGGCUCUGCCUUAAUAUACCCAAUGAUAAACUGCCAGCCAACUUUUCCGCUGCUCUGGAGAUGGAGGAGGAGAAGCUACGACCCAGAAUGGAGGCGUACCGAGAUGUUGCCGAGGAGCAGCCACCUGACCUGCAGGAUGCUGUGAAGGUUAUACAGAAAACAAGGACAGCCAAUGCAGAGCCGAGGUUGUCUGCCCCUGCCAACAAGGACUGGAUCCUGCAGUACGCAGGCCAGGAGUCGGACUCGGGGCCGGACAGUCUACAGGAGGAGGAACCAGACUGUGACCCUAAUGAGCGUUAUCUUCUCCUGACUGCUCUACUUUUGGACUGCAAGACAGAGGCGAGUGAAAUCAAGAAAUCUGGCAAUAAGGAAAACAAGGAACAGUUGAAAGAUCUGACUAAGAAAAUUAAAGAAUAUGUCAAUGAAAUGAACACCAUAGAGCAGAAUCCACUUUUCAACCCCUUAAUCAAGCUACGAGAUGUUGACACAUCGACAUCACAGCUACGGGAUGGAGGCACAUCAGCUGGCCAGUCAAUUAAAUCAGAAGAUCUCAACGUUAAGUCACAUGACCAGGUAGUUAUGUCACAUGACCAGUCAGGUGGCCUAUCAUGUGACCCUUCCCACAAGUCAGAUAAUGAAGAAGAAAUGGGCCUUUCACUUUUCCAAAGUUCUGAAAAAGAUCCACCACCAAAAGGCAAGGAUGGUUCAAAUUAUUUAUCAUAUACAUGUUUCUCCGACUCUAUAGCUACGAAUGAAAAAGCAGUAAAGGUUGUUAAAGAUGUUCGGAAUUUUGAGUACACGAGGCAGCAGUGGACUGGUAAAUCCCCAAAGCAGUUCCUUAUAGACUGGGUGAGAAAACAUCUCCCAAACAGCCCUCCUCCAAAGUUUGAGAAGCGAAACCAUGGAGGAUACGCCUACAAAUCCAUUGUUCGUGUUGAGCGCAAGAAAGAGGGGACUCUGGAGCUCUGUCCUGACAUUCUCUGUGGCACUGUUCAGAAUGCUGAGCACCUGGCAGCCACCCUGGCACUAUACCACCUGUGUAAAGGACAGGCUGUCUACCAGCUGCUGCCACCACCGUACAGAGACGUUUGGAUGGAGUGGUCAGACGCCGAAAAACUGGCAGCUGAGGAGGAGAGGUCUAAGGAGAAUAAGCCAAGAGACCAGUACCUGGCUAAGUUGUUCAGCAAGGUGCAGGUCUGUGACAAAUCAGACCAGGGGUCAAAAGGUCAGUCUGGAUCAUGGGUCAAGGUCACAAAUGAGGAUGAUGUCCUGGAAUCCUGGGAAAACAUGGAAUCCAGUGAGGAUAAUCAGGAUGUCCAAAUGGCAUCAAGAACAGUUCCAAAGCCACAGAAGAAGGCUGGUCACAAGAAUGCUGCAACAAAAUCGGCCAGAGACCUUUAUAUCAGAAACGCCUUGCAGUCAGAGUUAACAAAGGUGCGAGAACAGCUACCAGUCUAUCAGCACAAGGCAGCCAUCUUGGAAACCAUUAGGAGGCACAGCGUGGUGCUGGUUGCCGGGGAGACAGGCAGUGGCAAGAGCACCCAGGUGCCACAUUUUAUACUAGAGGACUGCUUAUUGACUGGUUCCGAGUCCUGCAACAUCGUCUGCACUGAACCACGUAGGAUAUCAGCAACCAGUCUGGCUGUGAGGGUCAGUCAAGAAAUGGGGGAAAGGAAAUUAGGUGGGGUAGACUCACUGUGCGGCUAUCAGAUUAGGUUUGAGACCCGCUGCGGCCCUGAUACGAGACUCACCUACUGCACAACAGGAGUCCUGCUGAGGAAGCUACAGUUGGAUCCUGCCCUUAGUAACGUCUCACACAUCAUUGUUGAUGAGGUACAUGAGAGGAGUGUUCAGUCUGAUUUCCUGCUGAUCAUAUUACGGCAACUUCUGACCAAGAGGUCAGAUCUCAAGGUCAUCUUGAUGAGUGCGACCUUGGAUGCAGAGAAGUUCUCCUCCUACUUCAAGCACUGCCCAGUCAUCAACAUUCCUGGUAGAACAUUUCCUGUGAAGGUCUACCACGUGGAAGAUGUUCUAGAACAGACAGGCUAUGUGCUGGAGGAAGACUCUCCAUUUUCUCUACGACAGUCGGAACUUGUCUCGGAGGAGAGCGCCAGUCUAAGUGUGACAGGGAAAGGUGGUGACCAGUCUAAACUGGACGUCCACUGGACGAAGGAGGACAUUGCUCAACUAGAUACAUCCGGACUGUCAGUGGAGAAGUACAGCUUGAAGACCCGCAACACGAUCUCUAGAAUGAAUCUGAAAAAGAUUAAUGUGGAUCUUAUUGUUGAUCUACUGGUGCACAUAGAUACGUCCCCAUCGUAUGCGGGUCAAGAUGGCGCUGUACUGGUCUUCCUUCCGGGCCUGGCGGACAUCACGGAGCUGUACGAGAUACUCACAACAGACCGCAGAUUCACAGAUAAAAACAGGUACAGGGUAAUUGCGCUUCAUUCAGUGCUGUCCAGUGCCGACCAGGCGCAAGCCUUUAGCGUGCCGCCACAGGGUGUACGCAAGGUUGUCUUGGCAACCAACAUUGCAGAGACUGGAAUCACCAUCCCUGAUGUUGUGUUUGUGAUAGAUACUGGCAAAGUGAAGGAGAACAGGUAUAUAGAGACAAGUCAGAUGAGCACGCUGGAGGAGGUGCUCAUCUCCCGCGCCAACGCCAAGCAACGUCAGGGGCGCGCCGGCAGGGUCCGAGAAGGAAUCUGCUUCCGGAUGUUCACCAAACGCAUGUAUGAUGACAUGAAGGCCUACACUAUACCAGAGCUGUUACGGGUUCCCUUGGAAGAACUCUGUCUGCAUAUCAUGAAAUGCAACUAUGGCAAGCCGGAGGUGUUCCUAUCAGGUGCCUUGGACCCUCCCCAGGGUCAGGUGGUUGCUAGGGCGAUGAGUUUGCUGCACGCGAUAGGGGCCUGCAAAGAGGGGGAGCGAUUAACACCCUUGGGGCACCAUCUGUCUGCCCUGCCUGUGUAUGUGAGGAUUGGAAAGAUGCUGUUGUAUGCUGCCAUACUGGACUGUUUGGAACCUGUGGCGGUGAUAGCUGCGUGUAUGACAGACAAGUCCCCGUUCGUGGUACCCAUGGGCAAGCAAGAUGCUGUCAGCGUGGUGAAGCAGUCUCUUGCUGUGGCUGCCUCAGAUCAUCUAACACUCUACAAAGUCUUCUGUGGAUGGCAGGAGGUGAGAUCCAAGGGAAGACUAGCAGAGAUGUCAUACUGCCAGAAGAACUUCCUUAAGAGGAACACCCUUCUGGAGAUUGAUAAUGUCAAGAAUGACCUGAUAAAGUUGCUCUCAUCUAUCGGCUUUGCAAACAAAGCUGGCCCUCUACAAUCAGAAAUCCCCGACAGUGACCUAGUAAAGGACGGGGUGCUUCAGAUCACUAGGUAUCCAACACCAAAGGCCUUGAGUCAGAAGACUAUUGUCAAGGUCAAGGCCAUAUUGACUGCGGGCCUGUACCCCAAUGUUGCCAUGGUGAUGUAUGAGGCCCCUGUGGAUGCAGGUGUGAACCCCGGUAAGCGGGUCUGCGUUGCGGAGACUCAGCAGGGACCAGCACAUGUGCAUCCCUCAUCUGUAAACAGAAAUCUUCAGGCAAAUGGUUGGCUGGUGUUCCAUGAAAAGGUGAAGUCCACAAGGAUCUACCUCCGCGACUGCACGCUGGUGUCUCCGUAUGCACUGCUGCUGUUUGGGGGUGAGAUCCACGUUCAUCACACGGACCAGGUGGUCUCUGUUGACGAUAGGAUCAAAUAUAAGGCGUAUGCAAAGACGGGUGUGAUGUUCCGAGAACUACGCAAACUUCUUGAUGAUCUACUGGCAAAGAAAUUAGAAGACCCGUCACUGAACAUUUCUGAUGACAGAGUAGUCGGACUGUUGGAAGAACUUUUGGAAUCAGAACGAACUAGAUAACACAAUGUUUUAUAGACAAAACAUCAGCUGAGGACUUCUUGCAUAUAAAAACGUUUUGCUUUCGUAUGUGUUGCGUUUGCUUAGUAACACUAAGCUGGCUUUAUUCAUGUGUGUGUUGUUUAUAGGUUUAUGAACUAAUACAGUUUAUUUAGAUACUGGUAUGUGAGUGAAGCUCAUAUUGUGAUAUCUUGAUUCAUAGUGGUCAAGUUUCAUGAACUUGGCGUAUUGAAUUUGACACAUUAGUAUUACUAUUAGUACAUUUUGAAAUGUGAAUGUAUUACUGUAAUGGGAAUUAGCUUGUUCCAUCAUCAUGAUUUCAUUAUGAAGUUAAUAUUAGCAUAUUUGGAUUGUAAUAAAAAAUUUGGUGUAUUACACGAUAACGUCUCAACUACUGUGGGAGUUUUCUUAAAUUUAUUGUUACAAUUUCAAUUUGGGGCCAUGUCGUCAUAGGCAGGGGAGAUUACCUUUUUUGUAAUUUGCUUAUGUGGAAAAAACCCAGUGCAAUCAAAUAUUUUUGAAUACAUGGAAAAGAAGACC